CUAGAACAAACCUGUUCAAGCUCGAUGCUGCUUGAUAGCUAGCAUGACUCCGCACCACGAAUCACGAAGUUCUGCAACCGAGCAUCAAAAACCGUUACAGAAGUCGGACCUAUGGAACUGCCGAACCACUGAUCGAGUUUGUCUGGAGUUUUUUUGCCUGUUCCGCCAUUCCCCGGCAUGAACGGUCCGAUGCACACCAAGAGAACGUUUCCCUCAUCUAGGAUCAUUAAGCAUUAAAGGAAUCCGAGAGGAACAUCAAGCAACAGAAGCAAAGUGCCACUGAAUCCUUUCUUCGUUGUUGGAUUGUCUUCCACUCUCGGACUCUCGCGAGAAUACGAGCUUGUGAUAUUUCUCUGAACGCAUAAAGGUCUGACAGCAGUGGCUCGCCAAGUCAUAACUUUUGCUUGCUGCGCGAUGAGUACAGUCGCCGUAUCCGGAGAUGGUGUGGCACUUUUAUACGCGGCAAUUAUCCUGCUAUUGCUGACCUGGAUCACUGUAUCGAUUCGUUUGGGUGUCCGGGUGUGGAGGAAAGUGCUCGGAAUGGACGACUACCUGAUGUUGGUCGGACUCGUCUUGUUCUCGGUAACGGCGUGUCUAUGCAUAGUGUCCUGCUUCUAUGGCUCUGGCCAGAAAGCUAAGGACUUGAAGCCUCUGACGAUUUCGAAGGGAAUAAAGACCUUUUAUAUUGCAGAGUACUUCUACGUCGUCAGCGCCGCAAUGAUAAAAUGCAGCAUCUCCGUCACCCUUCUACGCAUUGCCUCCAGACAGUGCCGCUACAAUUGGUCCAUCUAUGCCAUCAUGGGCUUACAAUGGAUCGCGACGAUCGUCUUCAUUGCCAGCAUAGCCAGUAUCUGCAAGCCGAUCCAGACACUCUGGGGCGAAGCAAAAGGCACCUGCAACCUGCGGCUGAACAGCAACGCGUCUUUCUUCUUCAGCGCAAUCGAGAUCCUGACCGAUUGGUCUCUCGCCAUCUUGCCCGCAAUUAUGCUCUGGAAAGUGCAGAUGAAAGGCACUGUCAAGAGCUCUGUAGCCGUCAUCCUCGCUCUCGCCUCAGUUGCGAGCUGCGCCACGAUCGUCCGCCUGAGAUAUCUCGCACUGUACUCUGAUCCCGGAGAAUUCAUGUAUAGCACGGGCAAGAUCGGCUUCUGGUCGUUGAUGGAAGAAGGAAUUGGCAUAGUGGCUGGCAGCCUCCCCGCAUUGCGGCCACUAUUAUCGCUGCGUGUGGGGUUCAGCUCUAGCAUGAACACGCCCGCGGGAGGGAUAUCGGGGCCUCCGGAAUCGCUGAGCUAUAACAGACACGACAGAAAGCGCUCGGGGGUGAUGAUGAUGGAUACAUUUCAGACGUUUGGGGAUGGUGCGGACAGAGAGGAUGAGCACGAUGAUGGGGAUAGUCAGAAGAACAUCGUCAAGGAGACGAAGUAUAGCGUCACGAGCACCAAGGUCGCAAUUAGUGAGGAAGAGAGGAUUAGGGGUCAGGCGUUGGGUGGGAGCAGGCGUUGAAAGCGUAGUGUAUGUGUGAUGAAUUCGAAGCAGUGAAGGGUUGCCCUGUAGCGUGAGGCAUUCGUUCAUGCCUUCUUAAUGAUUGAG